AUGGCCUCUCUAACUCCUCUAUUUAUUGCCCUGCAGUUGAUAAAGUUGGUUUACGCAUCCAGUAACUACUUUAUGCUACCGUUGCACCAAAUCAGUGGUGCUUAUUUUGCUAAGUUGGAUAUAGGCACUCCUCCAACAGAGUUCCGUGUGGCAGUGGACACCGGCUCUUCGGAUCUGUGGAUACAUUCACAAAACGAUCCAGCUUGCUCUCUCAAUAUCGCCGGCUUUUCAAACUGCACAUUUGGCGUCUUCAACAGCUCCAACUCGUCCACUUAUACAAACCUGAACCAGAGUUUUACAGCCUUAUACCAAGACACAACCUUUGCCAAUGGUGUAUAUUCCACAGAUGACAUUGGGGCUAAUGGCCUCCCUCUUGGCACUUUCCAGUUUGCACUAGUUAAUGACUCUUCGACCCCAAUGGGCAUCCUGGGAGUGUCCCUGCCCCAAUUAGAAGCUUCAGCUUUAAACAAAGGCAGACACCAAUAUAAUAAUUUCCCCCUCCAACUCUAUGAAAACGGUAUCAUUAGUUACCCAGCUUACUCGGUCUACCUUAAUGGUAACAAGGGCUCAAAUGUUUUAUUUGGCGGAAUUGACCAUCACAAAUAUAAAGGCCAGUUGGUGAAGAUGCCGCUCAUCAAAGGUAUACAACCGGAAAUCAAAACCCUCUCUGUGGAACUGAACUCAUUAUCAAUCACCGUCGGCGAUUCCUUGUCGAUUUCCCCCAACUCGUCCACGUUUCUUUUCCAAGGCUCCAUCCCUGCAAUCAUCGACACUGGUACAACUAUUGCAACACUCCCCCUUUCGCUUUAUAAACAACUCGCUCUGGCUUUGGGUCUACAAUAUGAUGCCGUCUAUGAUGGGUACAUUGGUUCAUGCUCCUCAUUGGAGGAGAAGAAUAUCCACUUUAGUUUUUCCGGGGUCCUAUUGUCUGCACCGGCCCUGAAUUUUGUUGCGAAUCUUACUGAGAACACUUGCAUCUAUGUAGCAUCACCAUCAAUAGUCCCACAGCUGGUUCUUGGCCAGGCUUUCCUGGAAAACGUGUACCUCGUGGUCGAUUUACAAGCAAAAUCAUUGGCAAUGGCACAAUCCAACUUGCACUCGGACAUCUCAGAUAUCCAGGUGCUAGAAAAUGGAAUAUUGUCAAUCCCCAUAGUUUCAGACUUAGUCUCUAUUAGAAACACUUCCUCUAUUCCAACUCCGCAACAUACAAGCACCUCGACUACCAAACCCUCAACUCACCUACAAACUCUUGUUCACAAACACAGCGUAGCCAAUGGCGCUCCAAAUAUCUUCUCCAUCGGUAGCCAUUGGUGGUUAGUAGCAUACAUUGCUUUGUAUUAA